AUGGACUCCCAGGAAUUCAUUCCUCUGAAACAUCAAGCAGCUGGGCAUGACGGAUGCAUGACCUCGGGUUCUGUUUUUGCAAAACUCACGUCCCAGCAAGAGAUAGACUUCUACGAACAGACAACUGCUCCAGAAGAAGAGUUACCCCAGGGUGCCCACUUGAGCCAUUGGAUGCCCACAUACAUGGGAACACUAAGUGAAGGUGUAAUUGCUGCUGAUAAUGAAACCGUCACGACAUUGGUUGCAGACGAUAUCAAGGAUAUCGAGGAGGUGAAGAAGAAGACGCCGAAAACCGACAGGAAGUACAUCGUCUUGGAGAACUUGUACCAUGGAUUCACUCAUCCCUCUAUUCUUGAUAUCAAGCUUGGUAAGAUCUUGGUGGAUGAGACGGCCACUGAUGAAAAGAGAGAACGAUUGGCUGCCGUAAGCGCAUCCACCACCAGUGGGCCAUUGCACUUCCGUAUUUGCGGAAUGAAGCUAUUUAAGGCCAGUGACAAGCCACUUCCAGAGGUCUUUCCCAAAAUGCAAGACACAAUUCUGGAAGAUCAUGAUAGCAUACAAUUCGACAAGUUCUACGGGCGCUCGUUGGAUACAGACAACGUCGAGAAAGGCAUUGCCCAGUUUUUUGCAUUUGUAGUUGAUCCUAAACAAAGGAGACUUCUACUUACCAGAUUCCACCAGCGUCUCCAGCUUCUUUAUAAUUGUCUACUAGAUUCAGAAGUGAGAGUUAUUUCGGGUUCUCUCUUCUUUCUUUUCGAGAACGACCCUAAACGUUGGGCAGAGGCAUUGGAGGAUGAGGAAACGUAUUAUGCAUUGGACCCUUUGGUUCAGGAGUUGGAAGAUGAAGAAAGCGACUCAGAAGAUGAGCUGGUGGGUAACAUUCCGCUCAGUAGUCUUCAUGUCAUAGACUUUGCUCAUGCAAAGCAUACACCCGGAGAAGGACCUGAUGAGAAUAUCAUUGUAGGCGUCGAAAACCUAAUUGACGUAUUCGAAAAGCUCCUAAUAGCUUGUAAAUAA